CUCCCACGAUUCUUCGCGCUUGUUCAGUGACGACGACUUGCAUGCGCCGGAGGUUCAACAGCAAGCUCCCCAACUCAAAGCUGACAUUCUUGCAAGUACUUAUUGAAGUAUAUAUUGAAUUGUGUUGCAAUCAGGUCAUUUAUAUCGUAUAAUGUUUCGACUUUAGUAACAGUUAAUUAAUACUGGGACAUUUUGCGAAAUAGGGGCAAGAUACAGCGUGCGUUUUUUUGUUAGCUGAAGUAGCUAACAAGUCAACGUGAAUAGAGGACAACAUGGUGUAUUCUUUCAUACUGAAAGUUGUGCAGCGUAAUUUGCAUCAAUAUCAAACACUGUCUACGCAAUCCGUUCUGCGAAUAUGUAAACGCAUGCAGAACAAUUUGCACCUUCAGAAACCGUCUACUGCAACAUCCAGACUCAUUUUCUAUAGGACUGCAAAUCGCUCACCUAUUGUGAGCAAUAUAUUUUGUACGCGGAGUCGAAGCAUUUCUGUCGACACAAGAUUGAGAAGUAAAGGAGAAGAGAAGGGUGGUGGACAGGUGUCAGUGCCUAGGCAAGGAUCUUCUACUGCACAUAAAGUAAAGGAAGCUGGCAAAGACUUUACCUACCUCAUAGUUGUGCUGAUUGGACUCGGAGUAACAGGUGGGUUGUUGUAUGUGGUGUUCCAGGAGCUGUUCUCCUCCUCCAGCCCCAACAAGGUCUACAGCAAAGCCUUCAACAAAACCAGGUUACACCCAGAGGUGAUUGGAGUGUUCGGGGAGCCAAUCAAGUGCUUCGGUGAAACGUCCCGCCGAGGUAGAAGACAGAAAAUCAGUCAUGUGGAGUACAUGAAGGAUGGACUGAAGCACAUGAGACUGAAGUUCUACAUCCAGGGAGAAGAACCAGGCCGGCAGGGAACUGUGCACACAGAAUCUAAAGAGAACCCUGAAACUGGAAAGUUAGAGUUCCGCUACAUCUUUGUGGAAGUAGACACUUACCCCAGGAGAACCAUUGUCAUUGAGGAUAACAGAUAAGAUGGCGACUGAUUCUCUGACCCAGUCUGAAGAGGUGCUGCAGCUGUCUAGCAUCACUCAGAUUAUGUAGGCAAUGCAUCACUUUGUUGAUGAACUUGUUUGUUUCAAAAAGUUUUUCAACAAAUGCCAAUAAAGUUUUUUAUAGAGUCUAUCGGUGGUUAAACCCAAUAAUUAUUGAUGGAACCAAGUUCCUAUAUCUUGUUGUUUAGUAUGAGUUUCAGUGUUUGGCACACUUGCACAGAUUUGUUGGGUGAUUUAGAAAAUGGAGUCAAACAAUGAUUGAUGGUAAGCAAAACAGAUCACUCUACUGCCAUUGCUGACUUUGAGGACAAUUAACUUAUUUUUGAGAACUGAGUUAUUGAGGAUGAAGUAUGAUCUCUUUUUGACGUGGCUGUUCCCUUCUGAAUGCCAAUAACGGGUGUUUUAAAUUGGCAAUGAUUUGAAGCUAUGCCAUUUUAAUGCUCCAUAGGAUAAACGGCUUCUCUAAAGAAUGGUUUACUUUUGUUGUGAAAUCACGGAAACGUAAUGCUGUUAAAGAAAAGCAUCUGAUGCAGAGAUGUUAUUUGUGUAUUGACAGUUAAAAUGUUAGAAUCUGUUCAUGAAUCUACUACACUGAUUUGAGAUUUGAAUUAACUAAGACACCUGUAUUUUGAGAGCAAGUCAAUAGAAUUGUUUCAUGAGUCUGUGGAAAUACACAAAAAGUGUGACUUGAUUAAACCCCCAAUGAUAAAGUAUUCACUGGCCAUGCGAAGUUAGACAUUCUGUCACACUGAAAAUGUUCUAUCCCACCCUGAACUUAUUGGAAAUAUAUUUUAGAAAAAAAUCUGUUGGUACUUAUGGAACACAGGAGGUUUGUGGCACCUUCAUUUGGGGGAACAGGCUCAUUGUAAUGGCAGGAGUGGAAUAGGUGGAAUGGUAUCAAACACAUGGUUUUCAUGUUUGAUUCCAUUUGCUCAGUUCCAGAUAUAAUGAGCCUUUCUCCCCUCGGCAGCCUCCAUUGUUAUGGACAGUGUUGAUUUUUUAAAUUAUGGCAAUAUUUGACAGGAUAUUAUAGCAUACCCAAUAUUACGUAUGCAAAUGUUGACUCGGACCUGAUGAAAUUAGGUGCCUUCGGAAAGUAUUCAGACCCCUUGACUUUUUCCACAUUUUGUUACGUUACAGCCUUAUUCUAAAAUGGAUUAAAUACAAAUAAUUGCUCAGCAAUCUACACAAAAUACCCCAUGAUGAAGAAAAGUUUUUUUUUUUUUUUUUUUGCAAGUGUAUAAAAAAACAUCUACCUUAUUUACAAAAAUAUUCAGACCAUUUGCUAUGAGAUGCGAAAUUGAAGAAAAUAAAAGGUUCCUGGGGUGUCCUCUAGGGCAGGGGUGUCAAACUCAUUCCACGGAGGGCCUAGUGUCUGCAGGUUUUUGGUUUUUCCUUUCAACAAAGCCCUAGACAACCAGGUGUGGGGAGUUCCUAACUAAUUAGUGAUGUUAAUUCACCAAUCAAGUACAAGGGAGGAGCGAAAACCCGCAGACACUCGGCCCCCCGUGGAAUGAGUUUGACACCUGUGCUCUAGGGGUUCUUCAAAUUGAAACUGGGGGGGAACCCUUACGUUAUUUGAAGAACCCUUUAAAAGGGUUCUUCAAAGAACCCCUUUUAAUGGAUCCUCGAAGAACCCUUUGAAGAACCUUUUGGGGUAAAUGUUGUAACUACCCCCCUAUUGUUAAUAAAUAAAAUUUAAAUAAUAUGCACAACAAUAACACUAUAUUUUAUUUGUCACUGUUUAUUAUGAUAUUAGUGGCAAAGCAGAAUAAAAUCACCCAAAGUCCAAUGGGUAUUUCCUCUGGAA